AUGGCCUCUUUUCACGAAUCACAGAACCUUUCUGAGGCCGCCUCACAGAUGGCAGAGAAACCGCCUCAAAAAGGCUCCGUUAACGACGAGCUGACGACGAAAACGAACUCACCCACAACCUCGUCAUCUUUCCCAGAGGGCGGUCUGAGAGCAUGGCUGACUGUUCUUGGAGGAUCUAUGGUCGUCAUGUGCACAUUUGGCAUCGUACAGUCCUUCGGUGUCUUCCAGGAUUACUACACGCGUGUGUCGCUGAAAGAGCACAGUCCGUCCCAGAUUAGUUGGAUAGGCUCCUUCCAACUCUUCCUGCUCUUUGCUGUCGCUCUGCCGUCUGGUCGCCUCUAUGACGAAGGAUUCUUCCGGGCGUUCUUUACAUUCUGGGGUCUUUUCUUCCCGUUCUUCUAUCUCCAGCUUUACGGUUCCUUGCAUGGAGUAUCUCAUAGCUUCACGAUCUACAUAAUCCCCAUCCUCAACGGUGCUUCGUUGUUUGGUCGAACAAUACCCAACUUCCUCGCCGACUACUAUGGCCGCUUCAAUGUCUUCUAUCUCCAGCUUUACGGUUCCUUGCAUGGAGUAUCUCAUAGCUUCACGAUCUACAUAAUCCCCAUCCUCAACGGUGCUUCGUUGUUUGGUCGAACAAUACCCAACUUCCUCGCCGACUACUAUGGCCGCUUCAAUGUGAUCAUCCCGAUGACCACGAUUGCUGGCCUCCUGAUGUUUGCCAUGUUUGGCGCGAAGACGGAGCACGGCAUCGUUGCGUUCGCCAUCCUGUAUGGGUUCUUCUCCGGGUGCUUCCUUUCCAUGGCGGCACCAAUGCUCACUGUAUUUGCGAAGAGCGUUGAUGAGGUGGGGUACGCAUCCCGUCUUCCCCCUCUUUUGCUAGAGCCAUAUGUGACUCACGACACGCGCUCGGACCUCUCUAGCAUCCGCAUCGGAUUCGCCUGCUUCAUUUUCAGCUUUGCCCUCCUCACCGGAAACCCAAUAUCGGGUGCGCUCUUGCGUGCGCCCGAAUAUCUGUGGAGUCACGCAAUCAUAUUCAAUGCGGUUAUGGUCCUGUUUGGAUGUUUCUUGUUGACGGUGUCUCGAGCGAUGGUGGCCAAAGCGAAGGGCACACAAUGGGUUUAG